AAAAUUACACAAAAAAAAGUCAAGAAAAAAUACCGGCAAACGAAUGUCGGCAUUUCUCACAUCUGUGUGAAUUCAGCACAAUGGCAUAACGCAUAAAAAGUGCAAGUGAGCGUGCAAGAACGUGUUGUGAAUUUUAAACAAAGAAUGAAAUAAUUUCGAAAGUGCAGCAAGAAGUUGCAAAAAAAGGAAGCAAAAAAUAAUGUUCGCAUAAAGCAUAGCGAAAAGCAAGAGAAAUUAUAGCGCAAAUAAUAGUCAAUGCGAAAAAGUGUGCAAAAGCUGAAAGCAUUCAGAAACAAAGCCGUGCACUUUUCGCCAAAGAAAUUGCGCAAACAUAUGCAAGUACAAAAAAAAAAUCGAAACUUUUAAAAGCGGAAAAGCAUUAAAGUGGUCAGCAAGUGUUGUGAAGUGAAGUGAUGUGAAACAACAAAAGUGAAAAUAGUGUGCAGGAAAUAUUUGUGUCACAAAGCAGAAGAAAAGAUUUCAUGUUUUUGUUUUUCCCCCGCCUACUUUUGUGCUUUUUGAAUUCUUCAAAUUGUGGCCGCUGUGGCGUAUACGUAACAUGAAAAAAGCACAAUUUCGUUAAUGUUGGUUGUGUGUGCCACAGCAUAGCCGCUACAUAGUCGAUUGUGCGUGCGUGUUAAACGGUGGUGCCUGCUGUUGCGCUGCGUAUUUAGGCGCUUAGUCAGUUGUGGCGUGUAUGCUCAAGGCGCGCAUGCUGCUGCUGCCAGAUUACGUUUUGCAACAUGGAUGGCGAAAAUCGGAUUAUACUCAAUGUGGGUGGAAUAAGAUAUGAAACUUACAAAGCAACUUUGAAAAAAAUACCCGCCACACGCUUAUCCCGCCUCACCGAAGCAUUGGCCAACUAUGAUCCGGUGUUGAAUGAAUAUUUCUUCGAUCGCCAUCCGGGUGUGUUUACGCAAAUACUGAACUAUUACAGAACCGGUAAACUACACUAUCCCACAGAUGUAUGCGGUCCAUUGUUCGAGGAGGAACUUGAAUUUUGGGGUCUAGAUUCGAAUCAAGUCGAACCCUGCUGUUGGUCCACCUAUAGCAUACAUCGUGACACGCAGAAUACCUUAGCCAUUUUAGAUAAGUUAGAUAUUGAAAAUGAGAAACCCUCUGAGGAACAAAUUGCACGUCUAUUCGGUUUCGAAGAAGCGCUCAUCAAUGGACGACUCAGCUGUUGGCAGCGCAUCAAACCGAAAGUGUGGGCACUCUUUGACGAACCCUCCAGCUCAACGGGUGCUAAAAUCGUAGCUAGUAUGUCGGUUUUCUUCAUAUUCGUUUCUGUGAUAUCGUUCUGCCUGAAGACCCAUCCGGGUUUUCGUGUGGAUUUUCCCGCCACUCACACCGACCACGGAGCAAGUCCGUCGGCUGCACCGCAUACGCCACCUGUGAACAUACCGAGUAUACCUCAUCAACAUAAUAUGCCACCGGUGCCGCCGAGCGCGCAUAUAGCCAGCACAAUAACGGCGGCACCGGGUACACACAGCAGCGCUGUGGGGAGCAUGGGAUUGUCGAAACAGCAUGGUAGCGUGGCUGGCGUCGGCGGCGACAUUUCAAAUGCAUUGGGCAACAAUCAAACGCUCGCGUUUACUUUGAAAGUGACAAACUACACGAUACCGGGGAAUAUCAACAACACAAGUCAGCCGAUAGCCACAUUCUCGCUUAAAGGCGGCACCUCGAAGCGCCAUCGCCUGAAACGUUCGAUACUAAGCGGUAAUGUAAAGGACUUGAUUGAGCGUAAGUUGCUCGGCGCUGUCGAUCAUCAUGGUCACGGUUGGCAUGAGUCAUACGGGCAGCCGCAUGAGGCAUUCUUCUACGUGGAAUUGGUGUGUAAUGUGUGGUUCUUCAUCGAAGUGCUCAUUAGGUUGAUUGUUUCGCCAAAUAUUUGGCAAUUUAUCAAAUCACCGGUGAAUAUAAUCGACUUCACCGCCACGCUCAGCUUCUACACGGAUGUCAUGCAACGCAUGGGCGAGUACACGGGUCUGCUGGAAGCCUUCUCGAUAGUACGUAUUAUGCGUCUCUUUAAGCUGACGCGUCAUUCGCCUGGACUGCGUAUUCUAAUACACACAUUCAAAGCUUCGGCUAAGGAACUAACGCUGCUUGUGUUCUUUCUGGUGCUCGGCAUUGUGUUCUUCGCCAGUUUAGCCUACUAUGCGGAGAAGUUGCAGGACAAUCCCGAAAAUCAAUUUAAAAGCAUCCCGCUCGGCCUGUGGUGGGCAAUUGUCACCAUGACCACUGUCGGUUAUGGUGAUGUAGCGCCGAAAACUUAUCCAGGCAUGUUUGUUGGAGCGCUGUGCGCUCUUGCUGGUGUACUGACGAUAGCAUUGCCGGUGCCGGUCAUCGUUAGCAACUUCUCCAUGUUUUACUCACACACGCAG